AUGAGCAUCUUAUCAACAAAACUCCUCGUCGAAUUCAAACCCGAAUCAUCCAAACCCGAAUCAUCAAAACGACCAACCGACGCAUCCCAGCACAAAGCAAUUGAAGUCGUCCUCUCCGACGAUGCAUACCAGCAAUGGUUGAAUCUUCGGACAUCUCUCCUCCUCCAUCUCCGCAGCUUCACGGAUGAUGAUUCAAGGGCAAUCACAAAGGUUCACGUUCUAUGGAAUGUUCUGCACAGCUAUAUAGAAAAGCAAGACUUGCAAUGGUCUUCGAUUUUUGUGAAAGCGGAUGAGAUCUUUGAAACACAAGAGUCGGUCGAUGGAACUCCGGAACCGGAAGCCAAGCGGAAUGAAGAAAGGUGUAAGGAUAUAGUGACUGCGUUGGGGUUGAUGAGGGUGAGGGAUAAUUGGGAUCGUUUGUGUGUUGAGUACAUUGUGAAAGAUGCUGGUGGUAAAAAACAGCUAUCGGAAGAAGCAAGACAAUACCAAAAAUUCAAGGGUUUGUGA